AGAACUGUAUGUUGCAGAGUGCGACGCACACACCCGCUCACACAACAAAGCGAACACAAAAAUAUGUCACUGCCACCCAACACCGGAUCGAUUGAGCUGACCGCCUUUCGCGCGCACACGGCCCAGCUGCUCGCGAGGGGCGAGCGUCUGGACAAGCGAGACUUUGCUACGUGUCGCAUGCCUACUGUGGUGCGUGAGGAGCGCGUCGGCCCAUCCUCCGACGUGAGCGGCAGCAGCAACAGCGGCAGCAAGAACACGAGCACGGUCACAACGAGCAUCAAUUUGACCAAUAACGGCAGUCUCGCAGCAGUGAUGUACACCGACAACUAUGGUUCCUGCAUUCAGUGUACCGUGCAGGGCUUACUUGGCCCUCCUCGGCCUCAAACCCCUGCCGCGGGUCGCCUGAACGUCCACGUCGAGGCACCGUUUCUUGAGCAGCCGGGCGGCGCGGGCGGUGCGAAUUACAAGUCUUUCCAGUACAUCAUCAGCAACGACAAUGUCGACCUCGCCCUGCGCGAACUCGAGGGCUACAUAGGCAUCGUGCUGGAGGGGUGCUUUGAUUUGCGGCAGCUGAGCAUUUACGAACGGGAGGCAUGCUGGGUGCUGAAUGUGAAUGUCACGCUGCUGAGUUUCGAUGGGGGGCUGCGCGCGGGCAGCCUGCACGCUGUGUUGGCUGCGCUGCACAAACUCCACCUGCCUCGUACCCGCCUACCCAACGGCGACGUGAUUGAGCGUCGUCAGCUGCGGCUGUCGUGUCUGCCGGUGGCCUGCACGUUUGGCUUCCUGGCCGGGGCGCAGGUUCGUCUCUUGACGGACACGACAGCGAUGGAGGAGUUCGUGGCGGAUGGAAUUAUUACAGUGGCGGUGAGCGAGUCAGGGGAGGUGGUCGGGGUGCACCAAACGGGGCGGUGCCCGUUGCUGGCGCAGGCCCUGACAGCGGCGGUGCAGCAGUGGAUGCAGGGAUCUGCUGCGGUGCGCGAGGCGUUGUACGGCUGA